AUAACAUGACUCCUUGUCAACAAUUGGACACUUGCUGCGAGGGCAGAUUUAUCACCGGUGAAACCGGAUUGUCAGCAUUAGUCGGCAAAUCGACCAGGACAAAGCAGUCACGCUGUAAGCCAAAUCGAAACAUGGCGAAGGGAAUGUUGGCAUUCCUCUUCGUCACUCUGCUUGCUUGUGUGUCGCUGUCGGAUUCUCUUUGACGGUGACGAUGACAGCGGCCAUCCAUGGGUCCAGUGCUCGACGCUCGGGCACAGGGAUCCGUGGUGGUCCUAGGGGUGAUAAACUCCGCUUGACGGCAGAGAGUCUGAUGACAGGCUGACUGUCGCGUCAAGGCCAUUGCGAAAAUGGACGAGAUGCGUGAGGUCGCUAAGGGGAGCGAGAUGGGUGACAUUGUUUUCAUGACAGUGGUUGGCCAGAAUGUUUUCUCUCAGUCCUGGAAUCAAACUGAUGGCAUGUUCGAGGAGCCUACCCCGGGUCUCCUGUCUACAGAAUUUGGUUUGAACAAGACUGGAAUAUUUGUUUAUAACCGUUGCGGAAGUCUUGAGGGGGAACUCCAGUUAUUCCCAGUAGUUCCCUUAAAUCCUUCGGAUAUCCGUCUUGAAUGGAAAGUCAUCGAAGAUGCUUACAGAAACUGCCCGCAGUGUAACAAACCUGCUCCAGAAAAAACUCGAUUUCAAGGCAAGGUGACCACUCCGUAAGAUGCUCAGCCUUCAAGUCUGGAAUGAAACUGAUGUGAUUUCGCGCUUUCCGUAGAGUUUAGUUGGUUAUCACAAGGGUUUAACUUUUAAGGGGGGAGGGGGUUAAUUCCGUGGUAGGAAUUUUGUCGUAGAGUUUCUUCAUUUGGACUUAAACGCCAGAGGAAAUUAGUCGCUCCUAGUCGAUAAGGCCCGCAAAGUAAGUAACAAAGCCUUAAGGACAACAAAGCGAAAUGAAUCUGCCCCCUGAAAGCCAAAAAAAUGAUUCGAGGAACAAUCAAAUUGCUCCGUGCAAUUUGAUUGUUCUAUGUCCGUUUACGGAAUUGUUUCCGUGCCUAUUACAGAUCAAAGAAAAUUUCAAACUCAAGCGAUAGCAUUCGGUAGAAAGUCCAUUAAUGAAAACUCUAUGAAUAUGAUAAUAUAAAGCUGGGUCUUAUU